AUGUACGAUCAAAUUCCCACAGACCCGCCACACGACGACGACCCCUUUAGGCAGCCCCAAAUCUGUGACCACAGAACAAUGCCAACGACCCUCAACCUCAGCAUCCAUGGCGCACCCGCCUUUGCCAAAGCGAAGCACAGAUCGACGGAUACAGCUUGGCUCGGUCCAGCUGCAAUGGCUGCCAUGCCAAUCUCUGACUCGGAGUUGCUCUGCGAUCCGGCGGCUCCGUACCACGGCUUCACUUUCCGGGAUGGCUACUUCACGCACCAGUGUUGGCCUGGGGUCCGUCUUAUUGCAUGCACUGGAGAUGAAAGCGUUGUCAUCGAUGCCUGCGAGGCUGCUCCAUCCCGUGGAGGUCGGGAUAUCGAAGCAUAUGAUGGUUGCCGGCUGAACGAAAAACCCUACUGGUUCCAUUAUUGUCUGGUUGCCGGCGACGCUCUCGCACCACAAUCCGUUGGCGGCACAGUCUACCAAGCCAAUCUCAGGUCGCUCAACUAUCAUCGUUGGUACAGUCCAGUCACCGGUACUCUCAUGAAAACAUACGUGGUUCCUGGAGCAUACCACCGUGAACGUUCAGUAGAGUAG